AUGCCGAACGGCCAUGCCACAGUUUUGGGGUCAGAGUCACCCUGGGGAACCUUUUUUUCUGCAGAGACCUGGACUUCAUUCAUCCAGACCCCAGAGAAGGCGUCCCGGAUCCACCUUCAUAAACCCUACCAUCCUCGUGGCAAUUACGGGAACCCGGCGAAGGGCCACCUACCCAGUACCCAGCUGGGCGAGGCAGUGAUUGGCUGCCGGCUGUUGUCAGUCGGGGGAGAUCAGUGCCAUCGCUGGGUAAGUGGAGCCGGCCGGGGCUUUGGUGCUCCCGCUGCCGCCGCGGCUGCUCCGGCUGGUGCAGCUGUGGCGAGCUCGCGCUGGGCGGCGGGCGCUGCUGCCGCUGCUGCUACUCCUGCUGCUGCUCCUGCUGCGGGCGCUGCUGCUACGCUAGGAGGAGGAAAAGGAGGUGGAGGACGAGGUGGAGGAGGAGGCGGUGGUGGCGGUGGCGGCGGAGCAAGAGGAGAAGGAGGAGGCGGAGAAGUGAUGCUGGCGCCAGGGAUCCGGGCAGCGGCGGCGGCAAUAGCAUCACCGCCGGGAGUGCAGCUGCAACAGCCCCGUUGCCAUCCAGCCGGGCGGCCGGCCGAAGACAACAAAACCAACUGGUAAUUAUAUGAGAAGACUGGAACCAUUUAAAUAUCCUUCACAGUGGCAAGAUGAUUUUUAAGUUAAUCCCCUUCAUCUUUAUCAUUUCAG